CUUAGAAUCCCUAAACAUCCCAAAAAAAACUCUUUUCGCACUCGAAAACCCUAAAACAAAACAGUAAUUCGAUCGUCAUCAUCUCCAGCAGUCGCCAUGGUCAAGUCUAAGAAAGAAUCCGUCGCCAAAGUCGAAGCACCACUUGUCUCAACAACGAAGGCAUCGAAGAAAAGUAAGAGAGAUGCGGAAGUUGAUCUGGACAUCAAAAAGAAUCCUAAGAAGCAGAAGAAAGCUGAGAAAAAGGCACCACCACCAAAGAAGAUAGAGACCAGCGGUAGUAGUUCUGAUUCUGAGGAAGAAGUCAAGAAGACUAAGAAAGUCAUUGCCAAGAAACCUCUAUCUAAGAAGGAUGGCUCAUCUUCUGAAGAUUCAUCUGAGGAUGAGGAGCCUGCCCCUGUGAAGAAGCAACCAGAAAUCCCUAAGAAAACCAAGGCAGAGAGCUCCUCAUCUGAAGACGAAUCUUCUUCUUCAGACGAGGAACCCGUCCCUGCAAAGAAGCAACCAGCAGCUGUUAAGAAAGCCAAGGAAGAGAGCAGCUCAUCUGAGGAUGAUGAAUCCUCUUCGGACGAGGACUCUGCCCCUGCAAAGAAGCAACCAACAACUACUCUAAAGGCUGCCAAAGCAGAGAGCAGUUCAUCAUCUGAGGAUGAAUCUUCUUCUGACGAGGAAUCUGCCCCUGCAAAGAAGCAACCAACAGCUGUUAAGAGUGUCAAGCCAGCUGCAAAAGAUUCAUCAUCCUCAGAGGAUGAAUCUGAUGAAGACUCAGAUGAGGAAUCAGAAGAUGAAAAGAAAAAGGAACCUUCUACAGAGAAGCUUCCAGCUGCUACUAAAAGCAAGUCAGAUUCAGAGUCAUCAGAGGAAGAUUCUGAUGAUGAGGAAAGUGAUGAUGAGAAACCUCCUACAAAGAAGGCUAAAGUUUCUCCACCCAAAACCUCUAAACAAGAAAGCAGCAGUGACGAAUCUAGUGAGGAGGAGAGUGAAGAUGAGAAAGUAACUCCAAAGAAAAAGGAUACUGAUGUUGAAAUGGUGGAGGCGGAGCAGAAAUCACUUGCAAAAGAACCGAAGACGCCAACCACUCAGACACCAACCCCUCAGGCUCGAGGAGGUUCAACUACACUAUUUGCUGGAAAUCUUCCCUUUCAACUUGAAAGUGCUGACGUAGAGAAUUUCUUCAAAGAAGUUGGUGAUAUCGUCGACGUCAGACUUGCUUCAGAUCCAGAUGGCCGUAGUAAAGGAUACGGGCAUGUUGAGUUUGCUUCUCCAGAAGCAGCUCAGAAGGCAUUGAAACUGAUGAAUGGUAAACCAUUACUAGGCCGCGAUAUUCGGCUAUCUGAAGCUAACGCGAAGCCUGCUCCACGAAGCAGCAAUGCUGAUGGCGGAUUCCAGAGCAACAACCGCAAAGGAGAAGGAAGCCAAGUCAAGACGAUUUAUGUCACAAGAUUCGACAAGUCUGUUAGUGAACGUGAUAUGAGAGGUGCGUUGAGAGAGCAUUUUAGUGGUUGUGGUCAGAUCACAAGGAUUUCUCUACCUUGUGAUCGAGAGACUGGUGCUACCAGGGGGAUGGCUUACCUAGAUUUGAAAGAGGAGGAUGGAUUCAACAAGGCGUUGGAACUAAACGGAAGUGAACUGGGAGGGUGGAACAUACAGGUCCUCGAGGGUAGACCAAGAGGACAGAAUGCUGAUGGAAAUAAUGGUCGUGAUCGUUUCUCAGGUCCUAGACCCGGUCGUGCCUUUCCUGGUCGUGCCUUUCCUGGAAGAUGUCCUCCUGGUCGUGCCCCCCCUGGUCGUGACCGUAGAGCACCCAGCAAACCGAGUGUACUUGCCUCAGCAAAAGGGACGAAGACCGUCUUUGAUGAUUAGUGACAAAGCUUGUCUCUUCUUUUAUCCUAUCUUUCAGUCUCUUUUUUUUUGCCUUUUUAAUGACAAAAAACACUCAAGCUUAUGUGAUGAGUUGGUUACUCUUGGAUGGAUUUGUAGUUUGGUUUUUCUUUACUAGUAAAGUUUUGCGGGUGUGACAUUUUUACUAGUUUGAAACUUUUAAUGAAUUCCUUUAAACUCCUGGCCU